AUGUCCAUCAACUGGGUUAUGCUCGAUGGCAAAGGCUCGUUUGUACUACUGCCAGCAGAGAGAUUCAUCCACAAGACCACCCCGAGGGUCGCGCUCGCCAUCACCACUCCAACAACAUACCCGGGCAACAGUCCCUUGGCUAUACACUGCAGCUCGGGAACCGUCUAUCUGACUAAUCAGCGAAUUGUAUAUCUUCCAGAAAAGCCGGCCACAGAGCUCAAGUCGUUCUCGGCGCCGCUUCUCAACCUUCACGACACACACAUGACUGUACCGUGGUUUGGGCCGAACGCGUGGCAGGCCGUUUUGCAGCCAGUACCCGGUGGCAACAUCCCAGCGACGCAAGCCGCAAUCGAGCUCAAGCUCACAUUCAAGGAGGGAGGAGCGCCCGACUUUCACUCGAACCUCGAACGAAUCAAGGAGAGACUGCAGCAGGUCGUGUCAACCGCGAGAGAGAACAACCUGUCCGGACAGAGGCAGGAUCAGAUGCUGGGCAACAUGAACCUGGACAACGUCCAUCUAGACCAGCUGCCUUCAUACCAAGAAUCCGGACGCGAUCGAGUAGCACCGGCGAAUGCUGACGAGACGGGCGGUGCGGUGGUGUCGCCUAUGGGGAGAAGUCCAGAACCGAGAAGAGCAGGGUCGCCCGUUCACGCUGCCCAGCCACCAAGCGAUGCUCCACCCGGGUAUGAAGAGACACAACAACAGAGUAUACAGGCCGAGCUAGAUCGGAGGUUGUCGCAGACUUAG